AUGGCCGUGAUGGGUUCACAGCCAGACUCCAUGAUCUUGAAGGAAAUGCAGGUUAGACAGGAGCAGGCUCUUAGGGUGUCCAGUGUAAUUGAGACGGCAGUCGUGGGCAUGAACGCUGUCACUCUGCGCUGGCGUGAGGUAGUUCUUUGUGUGAAUGCCGUGAUUUGUCUCGGGAUGUGUAAAAGCCUGCAAGGAUGGGCAAUUUUGCCUAUAUCUUUAUCCUUCAAGUGCAGAGAGAAGAAGUAUGAUUAUUACAGGUUGCCGAAAACCUCUGUUGUGAUAGCCUUUUAUAAUGAGGCUUGGUCAACGCUGCUACGAACUGUUCAUAGUGUCCUUGAGACAUCUCCAGAUAUACUUUUGGAAGAGGUUAUCCUUGUGGAUGAUUAUAGUGACAAAGAGCAUUUAAAGGAGACUUUGGAGAACUAUGUGGCUAACUUGCGGAAGGUGCGCCUUAUCCGGGCGAAUAAAAGAGAAGGACUGGUUAGAGCACGACUGCUGGGGGCUUCCAUAGCAAAAGGGGAUAUCCUGACCUUCCUCGAUUGCCACUGUGAAUGCCAUGAAGGCUGGCUUGAACCGCUUCUGCAAAGAAUCGGAGAGGAGGAGACAGCUGUCGUCUGUCCUGUUAUUGAUGUUAUUGACUGGAAUACGUUUGAGUACUUGGGAAAUGCUGGGGAGCCACAGAUUGGAGGAUUUGACUGGAGACUCGUCUUCACUUGGCAUGUAACCCCUGACAGAGAGCAAAAACGAAGGAAGUCUAAGACUGAUGUGAUCAGAUCUCCAACCAUGGCAGGUGGAUUGUUUGCUGUUAGCAAGAAAUAUUUUGACUAUCUUGGUUCAUAUGACACAGGAAUGGAAGUCUGGGGUGGAGAAAAUCUGGAAUUCUCAUUUAGGAUAUGGCAAUGUGGAGGAAGUCUUGAGAUCCACCCCUGUUCUCAUGUAGGGCAUGUUUUCCCCAAACAAGCUCCUUACUCACGGGCCAAGGCUUUGGCAAACAGUGUACGUGCAGCUGAAGUAUGGAUGGAUGAAUAUAAAGAACUUUAUUACCAUCGAAAUCCAAAUGCUCGCCUGGAACCAUAUGGAGAUGUGACAGAAAGGAGACUCCUUCGAGAGAAGCUCAAGUGUAAGGACUUCAAAUGGUUUUUGGAGAAUGUGUACCCCGAGCUUCAUGUACCUGAGGACAGACCUGGAUUUUUUGGGAUGCUGAAGAAUAGAGGAAUGGAGAACUUCUGUUUUGAUUAUAAUCCUCCAAAUGAACAUGAAGUAACUGGACACAGGGUUAUAUUGUACCCAUGUCAUGGCAUGGGACAAAAUCAGUUUUUCGAAUAUACAUCCCAUAAUGAAAUACGUUACAACACCAGGCAGCCAGAAGCCUGUGCAGCAGUUGAUUCAGGAACUGACUAUUUGACUAUGCAUUUGUGUGAAGAAAAUGUUCGCAGUAUUCCUGAAAAUCAGAAGUUUAUUUUCAGAGAGGAUGGCACUCUACUUCAUGUACAAACCCAGAAGUGUUUACAGGCAGAGUCAAACUCUUACAAUGGUAAUCCAGCACCACUACUACGACCAUGUACUGAUUCGGAAUACCAAAAAUGGUUCUUCAAAGAACGAAUUUGAUCCAGAUAUCAUCAUC